GUGCACAGUCGGUUCGAUUCCAGGCUUCUGCCGUUCAGUCUCCGGGCACUUACGAACGAGAGCGGACGUGAAAAGUGGAAAUCUCUCUCCCUUCCUUUUCCAAGAGGCAGCACUACUGACUUCUAGCAUUUUGGUGGAUUGUUGUUGGACUUGGUAGGAAAAGUGCAAUAUUGUGUUCUAUUUGGUUUAACCAGUGUCUCAGCGGGAGGGGAGUGUGUUUGUACGAGGGGGGCAAGAGUCGUUUUUCUAGUGGAUUAAUUGGCUGGACCAAACGGAUCUAGUAGGCCAGUGGCAUACUACGAUUGCGAAGGUCGGAGAUCUGCAUCGCAAGCAGGCUGCUUUGAUGUCUAGUACGUGUAGAACGUCUAGUUAAGGUGCAAUUGGUGGAAAAUGGAGCCGCUUGGUGGUUUGUAGCUGGUGGGAAACAGAAGAAACAAUAAAAAAAUAACGACCAGAAGAUAAAUCAUCCACUUUUGGUCGACCAGCAGUGACGGUGAUCGGAAAUCAUUUGUGGAAUACAAACGGUGUACGAGAAUAGAGAUGCUGCGUGCGUUCAAAGGGAAAAUCGGUUAAUGGCAAAACGUGAGAUUUGAAGAAAAAUGUUCAGUGCGCGGUGAACAGCAGGAAGUUGUGUGAAAAUUGCUCACUUGUGCAAAGUAUACCUCCCCAUCGUUGGAAUGCAGCCUGAGGAGUAGAAAAAGAAGAAAAAACAACAGGCCGCCAGACAUUGAAUCGCGCCGCCGAGAAAACUCAGUAAGCUGAAGUAAAAGAAAUAAGAACACCUUCGGGGCAGGGCCAGGUGUGCUGCGGGGAUUCACUAGUGGGGAGGUCGGUCAGAUCCCGUUUAUGAGAAACAUCCGGCCUGCGCGCGGAGGAGAGUUCGACACGCAUUCUCGCACCUUGUGAGUGCUGUUGUAAUCGAACCAAUAACAACACGAAAAUGUGUGGCGGCUCAGUGAUGGGGGGAACGAGUGUAGUUUUCGGGGGUUAAUCGACGUGAGAAGGAUAGUCGGAUAAAAAUACCGGGGAGGAGACCAAAGGAGAUUGAGCUGUAUAAGCUGUGUAUAGUCGUGCGAUACAUAGUGUAGAGUCAUCGGUGUAGCGGCCAACCGUGAAAACGCGUGAGCAGAGUGCGAAAAAAAGUCCGUUCCAGAGCUUGCUGCGAUUGUUGUGUGUGAGGACGUGGGGCAAUCGGCCGGAACGCAGCAGGAAGUGGCAGCGGCAGUAGCAUAACAUCCGACUCAAAACUGCUACUGCCGAGUUUCGUCUGACAGUCUUCAAACAGUGGAACACUGGAGUUCAGCAGAAUCACUAGGGGGUGUCCCUCAACGUUAGCCUUGUAGGAUCCGGGGAGUGACACGUGCUUGACGAGGCACUACGAAUCCAUAAGCAAAAGGGAGUCCACUGGAGGCCUUAAGGCGUCAGUCUCGGUCCAUAGCGGCUCGCCGUGGACGGAAAGUUAAGUUCUCUGAAUGGGAAGAUCACCAUGAUAAUGACGCGCCGGAUGAAGACAAGUUUGUUUGAAAAGCACUGAAGACACUUACAAGUUGACACUCUUCCUCAGAGUAACACAAACACACGACACUCUUUUCCCAUCUUUCGCAAACUGAAAUCACACUCCAAGCACUGAAACACAAACUCUUCGCCAACACAAAAGACUAUGCUCCCGUGUAAAUAUAGUCCAAAGUGCUAACCCUUUUCCGUACGAUCUAACUUGAAAACGCAAAAACACAAAAGCGGAAAGUUUAAGUGUAGAAACAAAAACACAAAACAGGGACCUCUGCUCUGCUCACAGUCGAAAUUAGCCCCACACCGAUUUCUGCCAAGUGCCAAGAAGCAACAAGAGAAGGAAGGCUGGAGGAAAGUGUUCUUGGCACACCCGCAGAAGCAAGUUGAUGAGGCCCCUCUCGAUGUUGAAUGCAAGCGAACGAAUGUUGAACUCAAACUAUAAAUGAAAGUGGUGAAGAAAAUGUGGGGCAAAACAACCCGAUGGAAAGCACAAUACUAAAAAGUAAACUGUUUGUGAAGAAUGAGAAGUCGGCAGCCCGGAGGACUUCGACACCGGAGGGGAUGACCCUGAGGGCGCGUGGCGGCGACGAUGCCUCGGAAUCGACCGGUGGCGGUGGAGGAGGCGGAACCGGUGGUGGCGGCGGGGACAAGAAGGACACCAAGAUAGACAUCCCACUGCCGCAGUAUAUGCACCCGGCGGCGGAGAAAUUUGCCGAUAAACGAGUUAAGAGACACAGCAUCCACGGCAUGAUGGAGGAGGAAAACGUGGUCCGACCGCACCAGGAGAUUGCGGCCCUAUCCCUGGACGAGAAGAAAUAUCUCCUGGCGGUCGAACGAGGAGAUGUCGCCAGCACCCGAAGGAUACUGGAGAAGGCCGAGGCGGAGGGGCACAUCAACAUCAACUGUGUGGACCCGCUGGGCAGAUCCGCCCUUCUGAUGGCCAUCGACAACGAGAAUCUCGAGAUGGUGGAACUGCUCAUCAAUCACAAGAUGGACACGAAGGACGCCCUUCUGCACGCCAUCUCCGAGGAGUUCGUCGAGGCGGUCGAGGUGCUGCUGGACCACGAGGAUAGCUGCCACAAAAACGGAGAUCCGCAUAGCUGGGAAGCGCUUCCACCGGAUACGGCAACUUUCACACCGGAUAUUACACCUCUGAUUUUGGCGGCCCAUCGGGACAACUACGAAAUCAUCAAAAUCUUGCUGGACCGCGGAGCCACACUGCCGAUGCCGCACGAUGUGAGAUGUGGGUGCGACGACUGCGUGACUUCUCGCCAGGAGGACUCCCUGAGGCAUUCCCGGUCUCGAAUCAAUGCAUAUCGUGCCCUGGCCAGUCCCUCUCUAGUGGCCUUAUCCUCGAAGGAUCCCAUCCUGACGGCGUUCGAGCUGAGCUGGGAGCUGCGGAGGUUAAGUUUUCUCGAGCAUGAGUUUAAGAACGAAUAUCAGGAACUGAGGCGACAGUGCCAGGACUUCGCCACCGCAUUAUUGGAUCACACACGGUCUUCCCACGAGCUGGAAGUGCUGCUGAAUCACGACCCCACGGGACCAGCGUUCGAACAUGGCGACCGGAUGCACCUUAAUCGGCUGAAGCUGGCGGUCAAACUGAGACAGAAGAAGUUUGUAUCCCACCCGAACGUUCAGCAGCUGCUGGCCAGCAUCUGGUACGAAGGUCUUCCGGGCUUCCGGCGGAAAAAUAUGGCUCUUCAAGCACUGGAAAUAGUGCGAAUAGGUAUGCUCUUUCCGCUGUUUUCCAUCUCAUACAUCAUCGCUCCGCACUCCACCUUCGGACAGACAAUGAGAAAACCCUUUAUCAAGUUUAUUUGCCACAGUGCAUCGUAUUUUACCUUUCUGUUUCUACUGAUGUUGGCUUCGCAGCGCAUUGAAACGGUGAUUGGGGGCGUUUGGGGAGCCGAGAUGAGUAGCCAUGACGAAGUGCCUACAAAACGGGGAGCCAGCCCCACGCUCGUUGAGUGGCUGAUUCUGGCCUGGGUUAGCGGACUGAUAUGGAGCGAAGUGAAGCAGCUGUGGGACGUCGGGCUGCAGGAGUACGUGAACGAUAUGUGGAAUGUGAUAGACUUCGUGACCAACUCGUUGUACGUCGCGACGGUGGCUCUGCGAGUGGUUUCGUAUUUUGAGGUCCAAAAAGAGAUGGCCAUCAACCGGUUUGCGGCGGACUUGCCCCGUGAAAAGUGGGACACCUGGGACCCGAUGCUGAUCUCCGAGGGCCUGUUCAGUGCGGCCAACAUCUUCAGCUCGCUGAAGCUGGUGUACAUUUUUUCGGUGAACCCGCAUCUGGGACCGCUGCAGGUGUCACUCUCGCGCAUGGUGAUGGACAUCAUGAAGUUCUUCUUCCUGUACGUGCUGGUGCUGUUUGCUUUCAGCAGUGGUCUCAAUCAGUUGUUGUGGUACUAUGCCGAUUUGGAAAAGAAACGAUGCCCGGAUGCUUCGGCGUUUUCCAAUAUGACAUCAACCGAUCCAAAUGCGUGUGUUGUGUGGAGGCGAUUUGCCAACUUGUUCGAAACCAUCCAAACCCUAUUCUGGGCGGUAUUUGGUUUGGUGGAUCUGGAGAACUUUGAGCUGGACGGAAUCAAAAUUUUCACGCGCUUCUGGGGCAUGCUGAUGUUCGGGACGUACUCGGUGAUCAACAUAGUGGUGCUGCUGAAUCUGCUGAUCGCCAUGAUGAAUCAUUCAUAUCAGCUUAUAUCGGAACGAGCCGACGUGGAGUGGAAGUUCGCCCGGUCCAAACUGUGGAUCAGCUACUUCGAGGAGGGCGGGACGUGUCCGCCGCCGUUCAACAUCAUUCCGACGCCCAAGUCCAUCUUCUACGUCUUCCAGUGGGUCAAGCGGAAAUUCUGCGGUCACUCCAAGGCCGUCAAGAAGGAACACAUGAAGACGAUUCGACGGAAGGUAAAGCAAGCCAGCGAGCGAGACUUCCGGUAUCAGAGCAUAAUGCGGAAUCUGGUGCGUCGGUACGUGACCGUAGAACAACGGAAGGCCGAGUCCCAGGGCGUCACCGAAGACGACGUCAACGAGAUCAAACAGGACAUUUCCGCAUUUCGCUGUGAACUGGUGGAAAUUCUCAAGAACAGUGGGAUGAACACCACAAGUGCCACGGGAUCGGGAAGUGGAGUCGGUGGCAAGAAGAAUCGCCAGAAGGAACGUCGCCUUAUGAAGGGGUUCAACAUUGCUCCUCCACCGGCGCCGGAAGGUGGACAACACCUGACACCGGUCUCCGAAUUCAUAUCACAGCUUCCAGAGCAUUCUUCGCAUGAGCUGUUUGCUGGAGUGUUUGGACCGGGGCUAACUCCAAAGAAAGCUCUUCACCAGGUUAAUCCGAUGCAUCAGUUCUCAUCGCAAUCUCAAAGUUCCUUCGGCGAGAAUAACAAUGCGAUGCAUAAGCUCUCUAAACUCGCACCGAAGUUCCACUCCAAGAGACCGAACUCGCAGAAAAAACGAUGGGGGACUCUCAUCGAGGCGGCGAAGCACGGAAGCGUGUCCAAAUUUAUUGGGCGAUCCCGAUCAGAGGAUUCCGUGUGCAACCACGGUCCGAGGGGCGAGUCAGCCAGUCACAGUAACAGUCCGGCCUCGGACGAAGCCAUCACGGAGUCCCCCUCGGAUUCGAAUCCAAGCCUGGAUCGACCGGAAGUGGAAGCAUCGCCGGAUCCAACCAAACACCACCAGCAUCAGCAUCAGCACGGUGGCAGCGAUAAAUCGCACGGAGGAAAAACGAAGGAUUCCUCGCAUCAUCACUAUCACUUGCACUUCGGUGCCCUGGCGGCACUGAAACGAAAACGGAAAAAGUUUUCCAACAGCAGGAACAGCAGCCCGGUGCUGGAGCCGCCCAAUGAGGCGGUUCCCCCGGUUGCUCCGGUGAAUAAUUCUAGUAGUAAGGUACUGAAACGUGCUUCUAGUGUGCCGUCGUCUCGCAGCGGCUGUGAAGAGGGCGUGGUCGGCAACGCCGGCGGUGUCAUCGUAGAGGGCGCUACGGAGGACAUCGGCGUUCCGCUGAAAACACCUCGACACGAACAAACGCAAAGCCAGCACAACUCGAUGGAAAAUCAGCUGGAACCUCCGUUGACUCCUUCCACGACGGAGGAAAGCGUGGACAACCCAUCGCACGUGAGAAUCAGCUCGACGGAACCUCUCCUAAGGAUACAGGGUCGAGCAGUGACCAUCGAUGAGCUGACGAAUCCCGGUGGACGAUCUGGCGGUCCAAGUGGAGCCUCUCAGCGACAUCAGCAGCCUUCCUACAGGAUUCCCGGGGUCACUCCAGUACGGGGACACUUCCAAUCCCAGGGAUGGUUAUAGGGCCUAUUCAACGGUGGUGCUUGUUAUGUAUAUAGUAUUAUCGGAAACGGAGCAGUAUAUGCCAGCGCGAGUAUUAUCUAGUCAUGUAGCGGACUCGAGAAGAACACACAACUGAACUGCCAUCUCGAACACAGGACAAAUUCUUACCAAUCGGAUGUAAACUUAUCGAAAGCAAAAUUCUAAACCAAUCGGAAUCGGAGAGGUUCAGUUUUUGGCGAUUAUCCAAUAUGUAGUGUUGAUAUCGUUUUUGGGUUACCCUAGUACGAAAGGCCUAAGCGCUUGUUGAACCAAGAGGCUACUUUUUUGAUGUAAUUACUACCUUCUCGAUGAUCACAAAAACUCUUAACAAAAUGGGAAUUGGGCGCAAAACACUUAAUUGAGUGAGUGAAGGCUUUCGGCUGACAUCUUCCAGCAGGGACAGAAGACGGAAGCGAAAGUAUCACUUCACCCACCAAUGUUGAAGUAGGAAUACUUAACCUCAUAUACUUACCGAUUGCACAUAAGUUAGCGAUCCAGCUAAAAGUUGGAUCAGUAGAGGAAAAUAUUUAGCUAAUUGAAUCACUUAUUCAAAUACUAGUCAACAGAAUAGCAAGGAGAGAUUUUUAAAACACACGAUACACAAGCAAGGGACCACGUCUCUUAAGUCGAAAAACAUUCAAAAUGUAGUAGUGAUGACCGAAGAUGCAUUGAUAAUAUAUCAAAUGUUAACCACAAAAGAAGUAAAAAAUGAAAAUGUUAGAUUUUUACCACAGGGUGUUUCAUGAAGCGAAUGUCACACAUACAACAAGAGGCAUAAGUUUCACCCAAGAAACUGCAACUGUUGUGGACACAGAGUAAAGAGUCAACAUUAGUUCGAUUUUUAAAUAGAAGCUGCAACGUCGCACUGAAAAUACACCACAUUCUAGUUCAAACAAAUCUAACGUCACCAAAUACAUGCAACCUUCAAUGUACAGAUCACCUCUAGACCACACAAACUCACUAAUAAAAAGUUUAUAUGGAAAUUAUAGAGAUAGCAGAUAGCAGAUUCACAUACAACACGCAAACCACACGAGGAAUUUUCCUUGACUAACGAUGCGAAGAAAUCAAUGGAGGCCUUAUUACUGAGAAGAUAUAUGUUACGAUAAAAACCUAGAACAACAAUAACAACUAGAGCAUAGUUGUGCGACUAUUCACACCAACCAAAAUGGAUUGAAUAAUAACUCUUCAUAAUAAAAAACAAAACGUACGUACUGUUGAACAAGUAGAUCUCACGAAACGUCUCGAUGCGAUGAGAGCUGGCCUUGCUCCAAGUUUUCCCGUUCUUGCGAUGGAAAAUUGGGGCGAACUCAAAUCUCGUUUCGCAUAAAUCAAAUUGGUGGAUAAUCUAGUUAUUGUAAUAAAUCAGUUUAGGAAGUUACUUUGAAAGAAAUUCGACUCGCACGUGAAGAUCAGUAUGCAAUUAAUCAACCAAAAAACAAAACAGACAUAGAUCAUCCAAAACGAUCGCUAAAAUGACACUAUCGAAGGUAAAGAAAAUAUUUAUACCUAGCUAAGCAAGAAAGUUAAACAGAUAACACUAAAAACCAAACAAUGGAGAAAACUGGAAACAACUAGUCAGUAGAGAGACAUACACUCAGUAUAUUAUAUAUUACUAAUGGUAGUUAUCGACGUAAUAUUCCAGUCAUUGGUUACACAACAGCAUAAUUUGAACAUUAUCGUUAAUAGACGAAGGCAGAUGAAAUUGCUACGGAAUUAGGAAAAUCAAAAGAAGCAGAUUGUUUAUAGGAAAUUGAAACAAGGAAUAAGAAAACAAACAACUGAA